AUGGAGCUGCAAAAGGCAGAGGAGAAAAUCGGGGAUCGGCCAAGACCUGGCCCCGCCCCACCAGUCUGGCCUGUUUUCUGCUGUCUGGAAAAGUACGAGCAGUUGAAGCAAUUCCUGGAAGAACUCUUCCCAAAUCAGCUAAACAUCAGUGGUGAAAUUGCCUCAGAACGUGGGGCCUUUGAGGUUAUUCUCCUAGACAGUGGCGAGAUAGUGCACUCUAAGAAAAAAGGCGAUGGGUAUGUGGACUCUGACGCAAAGCUCCAACGGAUCUGCAACGCCAUCAAGAUGAGGCUGGAGUCAAAGAGGUCCGUAUCUGAUCAGAAGCAAAAUGCAGGGGCUUGCUGA